AUGGGUACCUAUGAUGAUGAUGACGAAUCCAAUUCUGAUAAAAUAGAAGCUCACAACAAAAUACAAAAAUGGUUUUCAGUAAGGAACAAGGCUCUUCCGUUGUUUCCAAUAGGAAACUCCAUCACCAUCAAUUGUGAAGAUAAAUUGGAAGUGGUUAACCUCAGAGUCCUUGACGAUCUCUUUGUUUCGACUCCCAUGGCGAGAGAGACUACUGGAAUGGGGACUGCAAAAUCCGAAUCAAAGCUAGAGAACACUGCAAGGGAACCUCAAGCCCAUCUCUCCUGCCCAACAGUCCAAUCCGAGACGAUUGGCGGGGAGCUCCGUUACUCGAGCGGCGGCGGGGGUGAGACCGGCGGCGGCGGCGGCGGCAGCGGCAGCAGGAGCACCGACAGCAGCAGCCUUCCCCCCUCCCCCGGAGCGGCGCCAGCAGCCUCUGUCUCUCCUUCCCCCUUCACUCCCACAAUGGCUGAUCAGCUGACUGAAGAACAGAUUGCUGAAUUCAAGGAAGCCUUCUCUCUAUUUGACAAAGAUGGCGAUGGCACCAUCACAACAAAAGAACUUGGAACUGUCAUGAGGUCAUUGGGUCAAAACCCUACAGAAGCAGAGUUGCAGGAUAUGAUCAAUGAAGUGGAUGCAGAUGGCAAUGGCACCAUUGAUUUCCCCGAAUUUUUGACCAUGAUGGCUAGAAAAAUGAAAGAUACAGACAGUGAAGAAGAAAUCCGUGAGGCAUUCCGAGUGUUUGACAAGGAUGGAAAUGGUUAUAUCAGUGCAGCAGAAUUACGUCAUGUAAUGACAAACUUAGGAGAGAAACUAACAGAUGAAGAAGUAGAUGAAAUGAUCAGAGAAGCAGAUAUUGAUGGAGAUGGGCAAGUCAACUAUGAAGAAUUCGUACAGAUGAUGACUGCAAAAUGA